GACCAAGUUUAUCUCUUGUACAUAUUGUGGCCAUUCUGUGCCAGUUUAUAUAGUUUAGUGGCAGUGCCACUGUUCCUAAUGCUGUAGAGAAUGAAAUCUAGUAAAAAUUCAUCAAGUUCAUUUUAUUCUAUAUUUUUUGGAUUUUAUCCGUGAUAUUAGUUCAUUGCUCCUUUGGAGGUGAUAAUUUUGGCAGUGGCACUGCCACUGACCUUUUUGUAUUUGAUCGAAGCCGAACUAAGUUUCAGAUAUGGAAGAAAAGGAAAAUGACACAGGACCAAUUCCCAAAGGUGGUGAUUCCCCAAGUUCUGCUGCUAAAUCAUGUGCUUUAUGUGGUUGUUCGACUCCUGCUGUUCGAUGUGAUCGAUGUAGUAGUCAAAUUUUCUGUCUUUCUUGCGAUGAUGUGUAUCAUCGGCACCCAAAGAGAAGAUUACAUUUACGCAAAGCAGUUGACAGUAUAUGGAACUCCUCUAGAUCUCCAAGGCUUCGGAGACGAACUGAUCUACCAGGUGAUCCCUCAAAAAUACCCAUUCCUCCACCAAGAACUAAGAAACGAGAAAGGCACACUGUUGGUGGUAGAAUGUUUUUCAAUUCCAACCUUGAGCUUGGAUCUUUUGCUCAUAGUAAGAUGUUUGAUUUAAAGAGCUUUUCUCCUGUGAUGAAAGAAUUCACUGGUGGUCACAAGUCACCUAGUACUUUGGAACCAAAUUAUGAAAAUGAUGCUAACAUUCAAGCCAUGAGAAACAGUACUGUGUCAGGGAGAAAUGAGAUAUAUGAAAAUGAUAAUAUAGCAAAUAAUCAAGAUAAAAUUAUUGAUAACUCAUCAGACAUGGAAAGAAGCCCAUGGAAUGUUUCACGCCCAAAUAUUUCUUCUCCUAUACAAGUUUCAAUUCCAUCAAGUUCACCAGAUAUGAUGACAAAUGGACAAUCAUUUGGAUUUCCUGGCAAACCUCAAAGCCACAGUGUUGCUGAUCUUCCUGGGGCUGCUUCAAAUCAAGUUGGUCCUCAUCCUUAUAAUUUCCCCCAUAAUUAUCCUUAUAUGCAUCCACCAAUACAUCCCCCAUAUUCACAUUCAAUGGCUCAUUUGAAUUGUGCUCAGUGUUUAUCAUCAUCUUGGUCAAAUUUAAUGAGUCCCCAUCCUUCACCUUAUUUCCAUCCUAUGCCAUGGGGAUCAGCACAAUCAACUCUAACCCGUGGCCAUCCUACAACAGGUCCACAUGGUCACAUAAAGCACAGUCAUGGAGAUCUUGCAUCAUAUACAGAUUCUAAUUUUCACUAUCCCUAUCCUGGUAGUGCAUUUUAUCCUAAUAUUCCACCAGCCGUUGACCCAAAUUUCAUCAAAGAUUUGCAUCAGCAAGCAGAAAUGCAGAGAGUGAGGAAAAGUUCUACCAAUUCUAGACAAGAACAAAGCAAUGAAGAAGUAAAUACAGUUUCAGAACAUGCCACUGAUGAAAACAAGAUGGUUGAUGGCUCGGUAACCGAAACAGCUUCUCAACAGAAUACUGCAGAAGUUCAAGCAGAAGAUGCUGAGCCUAAAGUUCCUGAAAAGCCAACAAAACCAUGGUCAUGUGUGCACUGUACAUUCAUAAAUCCUCCAGGUAUCUACAUUUGUCAAGUGUGUUGCAAAACCAGUUAUGGAACAAAAUCUUCAGAAUCACAAGAAAUAAGUGAAAUUUCACCAGUGGACAAUAGAGACAGUGAAUCUCCAAUGCAACUAGUUAACAGGGAUGCUGAAGCGUCAUCUGAAUUUUCUGAACAUAGAGAAGCUCAAAAGUUCCUUUCUUGCUCUAAUUUCCUUGAGGAAAGAAAUGUAGAAGUUUUGAAGAGAGGCUGUUUUGAUAUUCAGGUUGUAGAAGAUUCUGGUUGUGUUGCAGAUAGCAUAGAAAUUUCCCAGGCAAAUGCAGAAGUUUCUGAAGAUAACCUGCAAGUAUCAGAUGAAAUUUCAAUUAAAAAUAUUGAUGCUAUUUUGAAAUUAACAACUGAAACUCAAACGUUUACAACUACAAAAUCCACUGAUGUUCAAACACAGAACUUGUUAUGUAAAUCUAUUGCUUCAUCCACAGAUUCAAUAUUUCCAAAACAAGAAAUAUCUGUCCAGACAGAAAUUGAAGCAGAUGUUCAGAUUUGUUCUGUAGGUACAGAUCCUAUGAUUAGCUCUCAGUCAAUGGAAUCAUUGUUAUCAGGUGUUUCAGCACCUCCUUAUCAUAAUCGCAGAGCAGGCUGGGGCAGAGGAGCCACCAGUUUCAGUACUCAGUCAUUAUAUGAAAGAGGGAGGAGUCGAAGUCCUGUACCUAGAUCAAUUUCCAUGUAUAAUGAAACCCAUGGUUAUUUGCGAGACUCAAGCUUACCUCCUGAUGAUACAGCCCAUAGCUGGAGCCAACCAUGGUUGAUGUCAGAUCCUAUGUUUUACAAGCCACAUCUCCAAGGACUUGGACAGACUUUCAUGAGAGAAGAUUAUUUUGAUGGUACUUGGGGCUCUAUGGAUAAACUCAAUAGAAGAGUUAAAAGCAAACAGGAGAAAAGCAAAUUUGACUUAAAUCGAAAGAAAACUCUUCAUAGGAGUUUAGAUGAUCUUAAAGGUGAGAAAAAACCAGAAAUGCUUCAUUCUCAAGAACUUAUUUUCCUGCAAACUGUUAAGGAAGCUGAACGAUGUGGAUUUAGCCUUGAAGAUCUGCAUGUUGCAUACUUGCAUUGCGGAAGAGAAAAUCCUGUUAUUUGGCUUGAAGAUAAUUGGUCUUCUAUGAUAAAAAAUGUCAUUGCUCUAGCUGCCAAGUAUGGUGAGGAUAAUGAGGAAAAUGAUGUUGGUGUUGUCACAGCUUCUGAAGCCAAAGAAGCUCUGCGCAUCCAUAGGGGUGAUAUAUGGGAUGCUGUUACAGAAUGUAUCGAGAAGAGGCAAAGAAAAAUUUUGGAGCUUACUGUCAGGGGAAAUUUUACCCAAAAGCAGAUUGCUGAUGCUUUGAAAAAUAAUGAAGGGAAUGUUGAACUUGCUUACGCAGAUUUAGUUCGAGCAGCUGGUAGAAGGCACAAGUUUAUUUUGAGUCCUGGACUUAGUGAAGACAGUGAAGACUUGAACUUAUAUAAUGUAGCUGAUGAUGUAAGUCUGGAACAUAAUGUUGCAGUUUCUCCUGUAAAAACUGGCAGACUAGAUAUACCUGGAGAAUCCAGGAUGGAGAAGAAGAAAUCAGAUUUUCUUUCGAAAUUGUCAGCUAUUAGAAAAGCUCAAAGUGAAAGAAGAAAAGCUAGGGAAGAAAAGGAACUGAUUCGUGAAAGUAUCGUUCAAGAAUAUCCUAUUUCUUUAGUAAGUGAAACUUCAGGCUUAAAAACAGAUGAAGAGAAAUCUGUAAAGUCAUCAACUGAAAAUCUUAAGCUGUCUCACCAAGAAUCUACUGAAGAUACUACUUCUAAUCUUACCAGUAAAGAUCACGUUGAAACUAAGGAAGUUCAGCUAGACAGACAAAUGGAUAAUGUUUCUGAACCUGAGAAGAAAGUUGGAAAUGAUGAUAAUAUUCCUGUAGAUUAUGAUGCAAACUGGGUUGAUUCACAAGGUGAGUGGAUAGAAGAGUAUUCUGAUGAACAGUGGGAUGAGGAAGGAGACAGUCAGUGGAUUACACUUCAAAAGAAAUAUGAUAAGAUGGAAAAAGAGUUUGAAGCAGAAGCAAUGCAGAUGGCCGCUUUGUGGGAGAAAGAAGAAUUGGAAGAUGACGUUUUUGAAGAUGAUUCUAAAGAAAUUUUACCUUUAACUGAAGCUGAAAAACUGCAAGCGGAAACUGAUGAAAAAUUUGAAAAAUGGGUAAAGAUUAAUCUUGAGAAAAGUUUAUCUGAACCUGAGGAGGAUCAGGUUAGUGAAAAAAUGACAGAUGAAAAGAUCUUAACUGAAACAAGUUUUUCAAAGAGUGUUGAGCUUGAUGAACCUCCAAGAGCUGGUUCAACUCUUCAGCACUAUCGUACCGAGUUUGAUUUAAGUAAUCCAGAACCUGAUUGGGUUGACCUUCAGACUAAUUUGGAGGCUGACUUACAAAUGAGCAAUGCAGUUCUUGAAAGUGAAUUCAAAAUUAAUAUAAGUGAGGAAAAACUGCCAUUUACUGAUAUAAAAUCUGAUGAUGAAAUAUUAACAAAAAGAUGUAGUGACAUUGGAUUAGAUGUUUCACCUCAUAUGAGUGAAAAUAGUGAUGGUGAAUGGGAGAAGGUCGAUUUUGAUGGGCAGGUAUCUGAACUGAUUGAGCAGACUACAAUCAGUGUUCUUGAGCAAGGCAUGAAGAAAGUAAAAAUUGAGCAAGAAACUCCCGAGGAAGAUAUUUUAAAAGAUAUAAGCAUAGAGCAGUCUUCUGUAAAAUAUAUCAAUAGGAAAGAUGAAGAUAUUUUAAUUGAUUUUAACCAGAGGGAUUUGAGUUCUGAUAAUAUUCUUCCUGAAACAAGUGAGAUUAAUGAUAAUAUAUCUGCUGCUAAUGAAUCAACAAAAGUAUCAGAUUUGCCAGUAGCUUCAGUGGGUCAUAUAGAUGUUGCUGAGAGUAAAAAUCAGCAGCUUACCCAUGAUAUUGUUGAAAAACCUAGUUCUCAGAAAUCUGAACAACCAAAACCACCUGUUAGAAGAAAAUCAAAAGUAAAUGCUGCUACUAUUGAACAAGCUUUGAAAAGUCAGCCAAUAAAUGAUAAUGAAUUAAAAUCAGUAGCUGAUAUACCACCUGCUCUUCCUGUUAAAACUAAGAACAAAGAGAUAGUAGUAAGUGAUCUUUAUGCUGUGCCAGAAAAGCUUAAAGCUAAAGUAGAAGAAGAAAAUCAAAAUUUCAGCAUUGAAUGUAUAAGUAAAGAAGCUGAACAAAAAGGUAUUGUAUGUGCAGAAGAAUCAAAGGAAACUCUUAUUCUUCCUGCACCUCAGAAACCACCAAGACUCAGUAUGAUUCCCUCUCUUCCAUUUGAAACUAAUGAAAAUGAAGCUGAUGGCAAAUUGUCUGUGAAUAUGGUAGCAUCCAAAGAUGGAUCUCCAUUGACUUCAGUAUCUAAUGAAUCUGAUUCAAACUUCUUUGCUGAUUCUGAAUCUGAUGAAGAAAUCAAAGCUGUAAGGCAGAAAAUUCAUAAGAAAUCAUCUAAGUAUGAAAAUGAUUUUGAAUUCCUUGAAGAAAGUUACCCAGUUACUAAAUUGCAAAAAUCACGUUCUUUAGAUCAAACUACUUCCACUGCUGCUAAGGAAUUACUUCAUAGUCCAAAAGCAGAUGUAUUCUCUGGUGAAGCAGAAUGCAUCAUUAAAUAUCCUGAAUUCAAUCCUGAAUUACCUAUACCUGUAGGAACUCGAGGCUCUCGUAUUGUUGAGCUUGACGAAGUUGUGUCACCUAAAGCAUUUAGAGAGGAUACUACUAGACCUUUACAGUUAUUUAGAUCUAGUAGUAAAGAAGCACCAACAAAUGAAGCAAAUAUAUCUACUCAGAAACUUGAUUCUGAACUUAUAAAUGCUAAAGAUAGCAUGAACAUGGUCUCUGAUAAAUUUCCUAACCAUUCCUCUUUACUUUCAGGGCAAAGUCAAGAGACUGAGCUUGAUUACCCACAAGUACAUCCAGAAACUUAUGCACCAUUUGAAAGAAGUAACAAUGAAACAAUACCUGAUAACAAUGAAACAAUAUCCAAAACUGAAGGUUCUACUGUCAGACCACAGAUAAGUGAAUAUUCAUCUGAAAGAGGUGAUUAUCAUAUUGCCCAUUUGCUUCAGCAUAUCGAACAUCAGGGCCAUGAGGAAGAGUUAAUAGAUGCUGCAAAACUUCAGACUGAAGAAAAUGUUCAAAUUGUAAAGGAUGAUAGAGAUAAGAUUGAUACUUCUCAGUCUAUUGAUUUUGUACAAAAUUAUAUACAUCCUUCUAUUAAAGAGGAAGAAGAGGAAAUGGCUUUUACCGAAAUGGAAGGGAUGUCAGCAGCUGUUGAUUAUUUCUUUGGUCGCUAUAAUGAAGUUACUAUCACGAGGCCGAAGAAAAAGACAGCUGUUAAAACCAUCAAAUCGACUGUUAAAGCUAUGUCUUCUAGUGAUAUAAGUGUUGCUCCUACUCCAAAAGUUUCACCUCAGUUAGAUCAGAGUUCUACAACAACAGUAAAAAGUCCAGAUUCUAAAAGUGAUACUUCUGUUCCAGAGUCACAAAGUUUCCAAGAAGUAACCACUGUGACAGAGAAAAAACAGCCAAGUCCUCAGGAUAUUUCUCAACCAAAGGAACCUACCACAGCAGAAUAUUUACCAUUUGCUGAAGACUACUUUUUUGGAUCUUACAAUGAAGUAGUCAUUCCAAAAAAAAGUAAGAAGAAAGGGAGCAUUGUAUCUUCUAAACCUAAAGCUACUCCAAGUUCUGCAUUGGGGAGACCUGGCAGUUUUCAAACUGUAACGACUUCUCAGAUUUCUACUGUUCCACCUAUGCCAACAAUUGCUCCUGAUACAUCAGUUUCAGAAGAUAUUUUUGAGCCUGCACAAGAAGUAUUAUUUACUAGUAGCAACCAAAGUUCUUCUGUGCCUUUAAAUAUGUCUGAUGUUGGUCAGUUUUCAACAUGUGAUAGUACUCAUGAUGAUGAUGAAUUUAUUCUUGCUCAGAGUACUCUUCAUCUUGAUGAUAUAGGAAAGGAUAAAGUGGAUUCCUCUUCUAGUGAUAAAAAAAGUAGCAAAAUUAAGACUGUUCAUUUUGAGGAAACCCAACCUCCUGUUGUUCCCCCUCCAAGGAAGAAUAGGCCCCAUUGUCAAUUGCAAUCUCAACAAAACUCUGAUCUUCCAACUUCUCUGUCUUCUGCUGAUGAAUAUUUAUUUGGAAAGUAUGAUUUGGCUUCUCAUUCAAAGCCCAUGGAUAAAAAAAAACUUCCAUCCCAUACUAAGGACUUCGAAAUGAAACAAGAUUGUGAACCUUCUCAUUUAUCCUCUGAUUCCUUACCAUAUCCUGAUGGAGAGAGCAUGAGUAUUGUGUCCUCUGAGAUUAGAGAUCAGACAUCGGUUGAAUUAUUAAAAUUAAAAGAAAAUACUUUAAAACAUGAUAAUUUGAACAUAAGUGAUAAAAAUUUGCAAUUAAAUGAGUCACAUUUUUCACCAUAUGAUGAUAUUCAACAUGAUUCUUUAAGUAAUAAUCUAACUGAGAUUUCUAGGAAGCAGAAAUUUAACAAUGUUACUGCAACUGAAGAGAAUAUUUAUACUGAAGAUAUGUUUUCAACAUGCACUUCUGAUAUAGAAAGUAAACCUGAUAUCACUUUAAAUGAGAAUUUCCGUUAUGAAAAAACUGGAGAAAUUCUUGAAUCUUUUGAAGAAGAAUCAUCACCUGGUGUUUCAUUUAUCCCUGGAACUGAUCUGCAAGGCAAAAGUGAUGAUAAUUUUGAAGCUGAAAGCAAGACAGACAAUUUAACUAGUGAAAUUACUGAAAUUCAGGAAGCUAUCGAAAAACAAAUAAUUUCAGAUAUAUGCCCAGGAUUAACUUGUGCAUAUGAUGAUUUGGAUACUUCACAUGGUUUUGGAUUAAAUAACGAAGAAAAGUCAUCAUGUAAAGUAACUGAGAGAGCUCCUUUGCAUCUAAGGACAGAAGUCCUUUCUGAAUAUGCUCCAGAAGAAAAAGUAAAAGACCUUUCUGAUGUGGUUUCGUAUAGUGUCAAUCAGCCCAGUCAAAGUUCUGAACUACAGUCAAUGAUGAUUGAAAAUGAACCCACAGUAUUUGAUGAAAGAGAUAAUUAUCCAUUGCCACUUCUCUUUGAUGAGCAUUGUAAUGAAGAGGAAAAGUUUGAAUUUAUAAUGCAUCCUGAAAGAAUACCUAAUGUUCGUUCUACUUGUUUUGAAACAAAUAUUGAUGAUUUAAUGAAUAAUGGAAUAAAAAAUAAUAAACUGAAGAACAACAAAGAGCCAUUUGAUUGCAGCGAACAAGAAUGGAAGCUUAAUGAGGAAAGAAAGAAUUCUUUAAAUGCUAGUUUUAUUGAAAAUAACACUCAAGCUUCUAAUCAGACUACAGAAAAUAUCUCCAAUAAGAAAAAGUCUUUUUUUAUGGGUUGUGCUGAAACUGAAAAUACUAAUACUGUUAUUUAUGACCAGCUAAAAGAAGUAGAUCAGUCAUCUGAUGAGAUGGCAUUAGAAAGUAAAGAAAUAUAUAGCGCUGACCACAUUUCUGAUCUAGAAGGAGUGCAGUUAACACAUAUAGGAAGAAGUGAAAAUGAAACAUCAAUUGGAAAAGUGGGUAAUACUGAAUCUAUUUUUGAACAAUCAGAAGAACCUAUCCAAUUAUAUAAUAGUGAAUUAAUAGAAGGCAACAAGUUAUUUAAGGCAGAUAAUGAAUUUCUAGCAACUGCAAGUACUAGAAAUACUUUAUAUGAAACUUCUUUCUCUGUAAUUUCCAGUGAGGCUGACCUUUGUACUAAAGUUUCACAUGAUGAUGAUGCAUCGUCUAAACAAAGUAAAGAAAUAGACUUAAAAUUUAAUGAUAAACUAUCAGAUGCAAGUAAUGCAUUAAUUGAAAAACAAAAGCAAAAUGUUACUGACAUUUCAAAUGAAGAUGUUGUUAAUGAUGAGAAUUUUAAUAUUACAGAUUCAAAUGCAAAUAUUAUUGAUUUACCAACUACUACUGUCCAGCCAUCAUUGGAAUCAUGUGCAUGGUUUGUUCAAAAUGACAAUUCUGUAGAUGUCAGAGAUGCAGGAAAUGGUCAAAUUUAUAUCCCAAAAGAAUGCACUGAAGAAUCUUUUGAUUUAUCAGAUGAUAAUUUGAUAAUAUCAACUGAUUCUUCUGUUUCUACUCAAAUUGCUGUUUCAUCUGAUGUACAUAUUAAAGAUCUAGAGGAUGAAAUCAGUUCUCAGUCUGACAUUCAAAAUCUGACUAGUGUUGAUGCAAAUCUACCACAGAAUAUUUCACAGGAAAGUGUAACUUUUCCACAGGCAAAUCAAAUUUCUAAAAUUUUCCCUGAACAAUUCCAAGCUAAUGAAUUACAAUUUAAGGGGGAUGGAAAUUAUUCUGAUAUUUUGACUCAGUCCAUAGUUGAAGCCGAGGCAAAUGCAGCGAAUUUUGUUUUUGAAAGUAAAGAAGCUUCUAAUACAGAUAUAAAAUUUUCACAUGAAAAUUUAACAGAACACUCUGAAUUAGAUACUCCCAGUUGUUUACCAAAUGUACCUCUCAGCUUUUCGGAGACAGAAACAAAUGACUUUGUAAUUACAUCAGAUGAAGAUGUUCAAUAUAAAAUUGAAAAUAUAGGUCAUGUUUCCACUGAUGAGGAUAAUGAAAUAUCUUGUACAUCUUUAAUGUCCCAUUUUUAUGAAGAAUGGUUUGAAAAUGUUUAUUCCUGUAAAGAAUCUCCAAUUCAAUAUGAUAUCAAAACCUACUAUGCAGAUUACAAAGAUUCCAAGUCGUCUGGAUCAAAUUCAAGUAAUGCAAGUGAAACAGAAGAUUGCUUACCUUCAAAAGUAACUGCAGAUUCAGAAUUAUUGUCUGAUAACUAUGCAUUACCUACAGAUGAAAAUGAAACUUUUCUUAAAACUGUAGAAUUAGAAGAUGCAAUUUUUAAGCAAAAUUAUAGUUUAGAGCUUGAAUUAUCAAAUGUUAGUUAUAGCAAAGCAGAAGUAAUAAGUAAAGGAGUAAAAUCUGUCACUGAAACACAAGAAGAUAAUUCUGAUAUUGUAAAAUAUGAGGAGCCUAAAGAUAUUACAGAAGUAUAUUUUGAUCCAAUGUUUGAACCAUGUGUAAAUGUUAGUUGCCAAACAGUAACAGUAAAUGAAAACUUGGAAAGCUCUGAAUCAACCCAGGCAAAUACUGAACCAAAAAAUUCUGUUAGCAGUAAACCAUUACAUACUGAAGAUAUUGGUAUUCAGUGUGAUAUGAUUAAUAAGGAUGAUAAUCUUUCUGUUAUCAAACGGUAUUUAGAAUCAAUUCCAAGUAGUUUAUCAAUAGGAAGCCCUGCUUUUGAUAUUCCUUGUACACAAAAUGACAUCACAAAUCUUGCUGAUAUAGCAAAGAAAGACACUUGUAUAAAAGAAGUAAAAGAAAUAGAAGAUAGCAGUUGUGAAUCUUUUGAGGAUACUGAUUCUGAUAUUUUUCUGGAAUCGCAUUCAUCUGAUGAUGAAGUUACUAAAAGAAAAAGCCACUUUUUAUUUGCUGAUAUUGAUUCUGACACAGGAUUUAGUUCUGGUGCUGAUUCUUGCAAAAGAUUUAAUAUGAAGCAUAAACAGGAUGAAAGAUUACCUGUUAAUAGAGAGCUGGAGCUGAAUGCAGAUGAAAUCCAGCUAGAAAUUCCAAAAUCUGAUUUUUCAGAAAUUGUUUCAGUUCCUUACACUGAAGAUAGAGACUCUGAUAAAAAAGAAUUGUUUGCAGAUAAAAUUGAGCUAGAAAUUCCAAAAUCUUCUGAUUUUUCAGGAACUGUUUCAGUUCUUUACACUGAAGAUAAUGAUAAAAAAGAAUUGAAUACAGAUGAAAUCCAACUAAAAAUUCCAAAAUCUAAUUUUUCAGAAACUGUUCCUGAUCCUGACAUUGAUGAUAAAGACUCUGAUGAGAAAGAAUCUCCUGAAGAAUCAUUGUUUGAUUCAACGGGACUAUCUACUGAUUCCAGUAAACCUCCAUUUCUCAGCGCUAAGAGUUGCACUGAUACAAGUGAUUCAAAAGUCAAAGAAAAUAUAACUGGUACUCUUUCAUUUUCUGCAGAUAUGAUGGAAAGAAAAGAUCAUGAAUUGUUACAAAAUAAACAUGUACCUCAAACUUCUAUUUCAAAAGAAGAAACUUCACAGUUUUCUGAAUUGUCUGAUAUCUUAAAGCCAACUGAUGAAACAUACAAGUUGCUUAAAUCAUCAGAAAACUUUAAAUCAGAGGAAGAAACAUUUGAGCUUUCCAAAUCAACUGUAGCAUCUGAACAAACUGAAGAAACAUAUCAGUUUUCUAAAGAAUCUUCAGUUUCCAAAUCAACUGUUGACACAUUUUUGUUUUCUGAAUCAUUGAAUGUAAAAACUGCAACAGUUUUGCCAACUGAAUCAAUGUUUCAGCCUUCUGAACUUGAUGAAAGAGCAAUUACACCUAUUUCUAUACAACGAACAUCUUCUUUUGAAGAUGAUUUGAAAUUUGUUGAUGUGGAGGACAGUAUUUCUGAGCAAUCAUCUUAUAGUCUGAUUGAAGAAAAUAUUGUGCAAACACCAACUGUAGAAUAUUUUUAUGGUCCUUUGCCACCAUCUGUUAGCAUUGAACCAUCUUCUCAAACAUCUGAAUAUUUUUUUGAAACCUGCUCUGAAUUAAGUGAGGAAAAAACUGAACUUUCAGAAUAUUCUGAUCCAUUUUUGCUUAGUGAAGAAACUACAGAUGUUUUCAUGGAAUUAGAGUCAAGUUUUACUGAACUAGAGGGUGUACCAGAAAAAGAAAUGGGAUCCAGGGAUACUGCUUCAUCAUCAAAUAUUGAUGAUGAUAGUAUCUCAGAAUAUUUUGUUACAGCUGGAGAUCACUAUUUACUGCAGGAGGAAGAAUAUCAGCAAUCUGUUAAUGAAAUAGGAUAUUCCUCUAUUGUUAAUAUAUGUGAAACUUCCCUUACAUCUGUUUCCUUAAUGAAACCUGAAAUAUCUUCUGUAAAAAAAGAGCAUCAACAAUCGCCUGUAAUUUCUGAUGCUUUAAGAGAAGUUUCUUCUGAAAAUAUUGAAUUUACUUUAGGCUAUUCUGAAUCGUCUGCGGUUUAUUCUAAGGAAAAUGAAUUUGAUAAGCCAACCAAUGAAAGUAUAGAUUUAGUUUCAGCUGAUAAUGUAAAAAUAAGUAUUGAAAAUCAAGCAAGUAUUUCAUCCAAGCCUGAGAAUGAGGAAAAUUCGAAGCAUGGUUUAAAAAAUGAAAAUAUUUCAGAAAGCUUUAUCUCAAGUGAUGAAUCUGACAUCAGUGUAGCUGAAUUUGUUAAAUCUUUCUCAGGUGAUAAGGAAGGGAGUGCCUUAAAGACUCUUGCUGAGAAAGAACCAUCAGAAUGUUGUUUGGACUCAGUAGAAUAUUCUUUAAAAUCUCUUUCUUCCAGCAAAGAAUCUGAUUAUCUAUCUUUUUCUGACAUUACUGAAACUUUUGAAAUAUCAGACACUGAAGAAAGUAUUUUAUCUGAAAGUGUAUCUGAAUAUUAUCCAGCAUCUGAAAAUGGUUCUGAAGCAAAUAAAAUAUCUGUUAGAGAAUUAAGCAAUUCCAAAUGUAAAAGUUCAGAAAUACCCGAAACUGCUGAGCAUUCUGAUAUAAAAGAGUCUGAUCCUCUAAAGGAAAGCUCAACUUUUGAAUUACCUCAUGUUCCAUCAGAUGUAGUGCGAUAUUUAUAUUAUGAUGAUUCAAUAUCUUUCAGUGAAAAACAGAGUGAUUCUGUUCAGACUGAAAAUGACAGGCCUGAUACACCUAUUCAAGAAAUUGAUUUCAAUACAAAUGCGGCAGGAGUUAUUUCAGAUAAAGAGGAAAAUUUGCCUGAAGUUGCUGAUUUAAUAGCAACUGCUAAAGAAGAAAUUUUAUCUGAUGCUGUCCAUUUAACUACUUCAUGUGAAGAUAAAAAUUUACUUGAAACCAGUAAGGCACCUAGAGAAUUUGAAGAUCCAAAAGUACAGACUGAAUUCAAAACUGCUAGUUUAGAUUCCACAUUAAGUAAGUUUUCAGUGCAAGAAAUUGAGUCAGAUACUGCUUUUUCUGCUGAGGAUGAUAAUUUUGUUUCCAUUCAUUCAUCCAAUAAAUCAGAAUGUUCUGAGAAGUUUUUUGAAGUAAAUGCCUCAUUUUCUCAUAAUGAACUUGAAAAAGUUCUGAAAAAUGAUCAAAGAGGAGAAUGUUUGACCAUGACCACAGAGGACAGCAGUUUACCUUGUAUUCCUGCCUUUAUUCUUAACCAGGAUCCAAAUAAAGAGGCUAUCAUUAAACCCGAUGUGGAUGAAGUAACCGAUAUUUCAACACAUUUCACUAUGACAGAUGAUUCUGAUAAAUUUUCUGACAUUGAAAAUGAUAAUUCUCUGAAUAUUUCAGAUGAUGAAUGUUUUCCAGAUAUACAGUCUUCAGAACUUGAAACUUUGCAGCUGAAACAAGUAGUGUAUGGAAGAGAAAAUGAUAUUGCCUUGCAGAACAUUGAAAAUUUAAAUAAUCUGAAAGAAACUAUUAAAUUAGAUUCCGUUUCUUGUGCAUAUAAUGAAAUUCAUGCUGAUUCAAAAUCUAUCUCUGCCAUUCAAGACCAAGCUAUGAAGAACAUUGAACCAGUUUUAGUUAGAGAUGAAAAUGGAAAUGUUACUGAAGUUAUGCCUGCAUAUUUUUUGGAUGAAACAGCAGCAUUUGUUUCUCACAUUAAUCUUGAACCUGCUUCUGUCACUGAAAAACCUUUGGCUUCAAGUCAAGUUAUUGCUGUGCCAGAACUGAAACGAAUAGAAUCUUUGAAUUCAGAAAUUUGUUCAACUUCUCUAGAUACAUCUAGUGAGGAGCUCUUACAUUCAUGUGAUGCUGCUCAGGCAAUUGAAAAGUAUAACAUAUGUCUGGAUAUUGAGUUAGAUCAGUCUAACACAAGUAGUAUUUCAGAAUUGAAAUUUAUUUCAUGCAAAGAUGAAGAAACUGAAUUUUAUAUAGAAAGUGAACACAAUUUUUAUAACUUCACAGAUGCAGCUUCAACAGAAGAAAAUGCUGUGUUUGAAGAAAAGGUGAGUGAAACAUGUGUUGUUGAAGAACAAAUACUUUUCCAGUUUUCUGAAACAAAGCAAGAAUAUUCUGAAUCAGAAAAAGAUUUAAAUGUUAGUUUGAAAACUGCAAGUGUGUGUGGUAUGAAAGAAGAAACAGUUGAAGUAAGAAAAGCUGAAAAUACUGAAAUGAAAGUUCAUGGGUCUAAAUGCAGUGGAGAAGUUAUGACUGAUUCUACUAACAACGAGUUUAAAAUUGAAGAAAUCAAAGAGAAUAUUGCAGUGCCUGUUGAAACUGAAAGUAUUGAAACUUUUAAUGUUAAAGAGAUCAUUUCAUCUGGUAUAAUAGUGGGUGAGGUAAGUGAACAGAAUAUUUUAGGACAACAGAACAUCCAACAAAAUAUUCCAAUUACAAUAGAAAAUGAGCAAGAAAAGGAGACCAUUAUUCCAUUGCUAACCUCCCUAGUUGUUGAGAGUGCUGAAAUGUCAAUUUCAAGCUAUGAGACUGCUUCAGAAAUAUCAUCAAACUCUGUAUCUACUGUUGCUGAUUUAAGUAGUAUGGGAAUUGAUUUGGAAAGAAAAGAAGAGGAAAUAAAAAGUGCAAACAUAAAGACAGAUAUAGACAGUUUUGAAGAUGCUGUUGAAGGUAGUGUAUCACAGACAGCAAUUGGUUCAGAAAGCUCAUAUCCAGAACUUGUCAAAGCAGACCUAACUAAUGAGGUAAUUAUAUGUGAAACUGAGGUUGAGUUAUGUCAUAGUCAUGUUAAAUCAAUGGAACAAGAAUUUUUAACAAAAACCAUACCUUCUGAAUCUGAAAAUUGUGAUUCUAAUCUAACAGCAAAAGUGGAAGAUGCUAUAAUUCAUCAAAAAGAUUGUAAACCCAAAAUACCAAUUAGGGAUGUUUCUUUUAUAUCUAAUGAGGAAACUUCAAAAGAAGAUACAGGUAAUUUGAAAUCUAUUGUAUCAAAUUCUUAUUUGGUAACACCUGAACCACAACAAGAGAUAAAGGUUGAACCUCUUGAUGAAGAUUUAAAAAAAAUUAAUACAGGAGUCAAUAGUGAAGUAAAAUUAGUUAUUGAAUCUACAUCAGUUGGCAGUGUUAUUGAAUAUAGUUCUGAAAAACAGCAAGGGCUUGUUUAUGAAAAAUCUUCUGAUGAAACAUUUACUUGUCAAGGUGAUUCAAAGACAGAAUUUACUGUUAACAAAUGCCUGCAAAAUACUUUCAAGGAGAAUGAAAUAAACAAAUUACCUAAUACUGAUCCCAUUGGAGCUACAUGUCAGCAUGUAGUCCAGAUUUCUGAAGCAAUGAAAACGGAUGUUGUGUGUAGUAAAACUCAGGAUGAAAUAAUAGUAAGUGAAUUACAAAAUGAUCUUCCAAAAAUUGCAUCAUUUUCUGAGGCUCAAAUUUCUGUUGCUGAACCCACAAAAACUAUGCCUGUAGUUUCUACUGAUUCUUUAGUUGAUUUUACAUUGCAAAAGAUUAAUAUUGUUGAACCCUCUGGCAUUUCUUCAUCAGAAAAAACAGAACAGGGAACUUCUGAUUCCUGUGAAAUUGCUGCAAAAUCUGUGUUGGGGAAUGGUAAUAAAAGCAUUUUGCCGAAGUGUAACACAGAAGAGACUGAAAUAGAGUGUAAAAGCAUUGAAGAACAUCGUGAAAAAAGUCUUAUUUUCCAUAAAGAUCAGAUUCCCAUGGUUGCUAAAACUGAAGUUUCUGAACAAAAUUUGACUGUGAAAGAAACUGAAAUUGUGCAGUAUAUUAAGGAAUCUUUCAUUGGGGGCACUGAGCCUGCAAAAUUAGAUCAACCUCACACAAUAGAUUUUGAAAAUUUAGUAGGCUCUACAGAUGAAGAUAAUCUAUUAUCAGAAAAAUGUGAACCGGGAAUUUCCUUUGAUAAAUUAAGUCAAAUAAAGGAUGCAUCCUUAAAUCAUACACACAGUAUACAGGAGUUAAAUAAGAAAAGAUCAGAAUUGCUUGAAUGUCAUGAAUAUGCCAAGUCUGUAGAACUUCAUUUAGUUGAUUUUAAAUCUUCUGAAGGUCGGGAAAGUCUACAUGUUGUUCCACCUUGCAGCCCUUUUGAAGAACUUCAGUCAAAGCCUUCUGAAAUAAAUAAAACCUCAGCCAGAAAAGAUGAAUUUCAAGAUCCUGUAGAAGUGGAUAAGAGAAGAGAAUCAGAUGAUGCUAAGAAUGAUAGAUAUAAAAAUGAAUACAUGCCUAUGCAUGAAAGUAUUCCAGAAACAUCUGAAUCAGAUUCAGUAGUUGAUUUAAAAUUUUAUGAAGGCCUAGAAACCUUGAAUGCUAUUUCACCUUGCAGUCCAACUGAAGAGCUCCUAUCAAAUCCUUCUAAAACAGACUCCUUAGUUAGGGAAGCUGAAUGUAAAGAUUCUGGGGAACUAGAUACAAAGACUGAAUCAGGUGAUUUUGAGAUUGGAGAUAUUCCACCUUGCAGCCCAACUGAAGAACUUCAGUCAGAUCUUUCUAAAACAGAUUCCUUAAUUAGAGAAGCAGAUUUUUCAGCUAGGAAUGUUGAAUUUAAACAUUCUGGGAAACAGUAUAAAAAGAAUGAAUUGGGUGAUUUUGAGAACUGUCCUCUUCCAUCUUGCAGCCCAAUUGAAGAGCUUCAAUUAUAUCCUUCCAAAAAAGAUUCCUUAAUUAGAGAUAUUGAAUUUAAAGAUUCUGGUGAACUAGAUAAAAAAAUUGAAUCGGGAGAUUUUGAGACUGGUUUUCUCUUAUCUUAUAGUCCAGCUGGAGAACUCCAAUCAGAUCCUUUAAAAACAGAUUCUUCAGUUAGGGAUGCUGAAUUUAAAGAUUCUGGACAACUGAUUAAAAAGGUUGAAUCAAUUGAUUUUGAGAUUACUGCUAUUUCUCCUUGCAGCCCAGUUGAACUGCAAUCAGAUGUUUCCAAAAUAGAUUCUUUACUAAGGGAAGCUGAAUUCAAAGAUUCUGGGGAACUGGAUAAAAAUAUUGAAUCAGGUGAUUUUGCAAUUAAUGUUCUUCCAGCUUGCAGCCUAACUGAAGAACUCCAAUUGGAUUCUUCCCAAACAGAUUCCUCAGUUAGGAAAACACACUCUUCAUUUAGGGAAGAUAACUUUAAAGAUUCUGGGGAACUAAGUAAAAAGAUUGAAUCAGGCAAUUUUGAAAUGAAUGCUCUUCCUCCUUGCAGGUCACCUGAAGAACUCCAAUCAGAUCUUUCCAAAACAGAUUCCUCUGUUAGAGAAGCUGAAAUUAAAGAUUCUGGGAUACUGGAUAAAAAGAUUGAAUCAGGCAAUUUUGAGAUUGAUGGAUACAAAAAAGAAUGCAUUUUUGUACAUGAAAGUCAUGAAACAUCUGAACCAGAUUCAGUAGUUGAUUUUAAAUUUUCUGAAAUUCGUAAAAGUGAAUAUUCUGUCUCACCUUGUACCUUAUCUGAAGAACUGAUAUUAAAUCCUUCCAAAAUAGAUGAAUUAAUUAAAGAGGUUGAGUUUAAAGAUUCUGUGAAACUGGAUAAAAAGAUUAAAUUAGGUGAUGUUGAGAGUGAUGGGUACAAAAAAGAAUGCAUUUGUAUGCUUGAAAAUACUCCAGAAACAGCUGAAUCAGAUUCCAUAGUUGAUUUUAAAUUUUCUGAGGUUCCUGAAAGCAUCGAUGUUCUUCCAUUUUGCAGCCUAUUUGAAAACCUCCAACCAGAUUCUUUCAAAACAGAUGAAAUCUCUGUCAGAGAAGCUGAAUUUAAAGAUUCCAUGGAACUGGUAAGAAAGACAUCAAGUGAUCUUGGGAUUGACAGAUAUAAAAAUGAAUGUAUUUCUGGGCAUGAUGAUCCCACAAAAUCAUCUGGAUUAGAUUUGCUAGUGGAUUUUAAAUUUUCUGAAGUUAUUGAAAGCACAUGUAUUGUUUCACCUUGUAGCUCAGCUAAAGAGUUCAAGUUGGAUCCUUCUAAAACUGAUGAAACCUCAGUUAGAGAAAUUGAGCUUAAAGAUUCUGAGAAAGUAGAUACAAAGUUUGAAUCAGAUAAUGUUGAGAUUGAUGCAUAUAGAAAUGAAUGCGUUUCUAUGCCAGAUAUACCUGAAUCAGAUUCAGUAGUUGAUUUCAAAUUCUCUGAAGUAAUUGAACGCACAGAUGUUACUUCAGUCUGUAGGCUAUCUGAAGAACUCAAAUUAAAUCCUUCUAAAAUGGAUGAAACCUCUAUUAAAGAAACUGAGUUUAAAGAGUCUGCAAAAGUGGGCAAAAGGUCUGAAUCAGGUGCUGUUGAUGUUGAUAAAAAAGAAUACGUUCCUAUGCCUGAAAGCCCUCCAAAAUCAUCUGAAGUAGAUUCCAUAGUUGAUUUUAAAUUUUCUGAUGUCCUGAUAAGCACUGAUGGUGUUCCAUCUUGUAGUCUGUCUAAAAAACUUCAAUCAGAUCAUUCCAAAAUAGAUGAGACCUCAGUUAAUGAGACUAAAUUUAAUGAUUUUUUGAAACUGAAUAAAGAAAGUGAAACAGAUGAUGUUGAGCUUGAUGGAUCUAAAAAAGAAGGCAUCCUCAUGCAUGAAACUCCUCCAAAUUCAUCUGAGUCAGAUUUAAUAGCUGAUUUUAAAUUUUCAUCAUUUUUUGAGGAAUCGGUCUCCUAUAAACCUGACGUUUCAGUGUCUGUAACUCUUAUAUCUCGUGAACUGAAUUUAUCCGAAGUUCACAAUGAAGAAAUGAAAGUUAUAUUAGCAGAAACAGAUGAUCCUAGCUGCAAGGGAAUUGUGGAAGUUGAUACCAAUAGAAAUACCCUAAGUAAGGAAAUAGUUGUAUGUAGUGAUUCCAUGAAAAUCCUUACUAUGGUUGAAGGUGGUAUAUCUGACGAAUAUCAAAACAUUGAUGCUUCUGUUGAGAAAACAGAAGAUGUUUGCAGUACUGAUGAAGAAGCCAAUUAUUUGAGUAAUGGAAUACUUUUGGAUUCUUAUUUCAUUGCUAGUUUUGUCUUGGAGACAGAAAAUCAGACAUCAGACUUCUGUACAGUUUCUGAUGAUAUUGGUAGCUCAGUAGAUGAUUUUACUGAUGUCCCUUCUCAUUUAACUUUGACAGAAGAUUCUGACAGAUGGUCAGAUGUUGAAGCAGAUUUAUCAGCAAGUGAUAAGGAACUUGUAAAAGAUAUAUCUGAGUAUAAUCUAGAGCAAAAUGAUAUAAAUAAAAGUUCUGUACCAGAUGAAAUAAAUUUAACUUACGAAUUACAAUCAAAAUUCCAGGGAAAAUAUGUUGAGAUUGCUGAAGAUGAAAAUGAGAGCUGUAAGACAAAAGUUAUUGAAACUGAGUGUAUCAUACCAUCAGAACAAAGUGAAGCUGACUAUUCAUCAAUGGAAAGCACACUAAACUUUCCUUUAGGAAGAAAAUUUCAACAAAAUGUGGUUAGUGAUAAAGUAAUUGAAAGUAGAAUGGAUGGUAAAGCUCAUCUUGAUUCAGGAGUCCUUCCUGCUGAAAUUUCAACUGAUAAUGUGAAUGCAUCAAGAAAAUUAACUGAACGAACGUCUGACAUAUUGCAGAUUUUUGAUUCUGAGACUUCUGUGGUUGCAGAUCCUGGAGAAAAUGUUAAUGUUUGUCAAGGAAAUCAGAAAGAGAGUGAAAAAGAACUUAAUUAUAAUCAAGAUAUUUCAUCAUCAUUUUACAGAGAAGAAAAAGCAUAUGAAAAGGAAUUUACUGAUCUAAGUUCACACAACUUUGUAAAAGAUUUGCAGGAAACACUUGAUGCUGUUUUUACAGGAAAGACAUUUGUGGAUGAAGCCAUUUCAGAUAAUUCGGCUGUGGAAGGUACCUGUGUUGAAAACAGUGAGAUCCUUUCAAAAGAAGACAUUGAAAAAAAUCAGCUGAAAUAUACAGAAAAAAUGAAGGCAGAUCCUGCCUUACUUAUAAAAGCUGAUACAACUAAACUGCAUGGAACUCGUAUUGCUUCUGAAUUAACUCAUCUUGUUGAAGAAACAUUGACUUCAGGAGUAAUAACUGAAAGAACUGUUGAAAAUUUUGAAUCUAGUGAUAAGCAGGUGAAUUUUCUGCCUAUAUGUUCAGAAUCAAGUGGUUUGAGUAACAUUGAAAUUGAACCCUUUCAUGAAACAAGUAUUUCUACUACUGUUGCAUCUAGUGAUGAUUUUACUGACAUGCCAUCCCAGCAUAUUCUUACAGAAGAGUCUGAACAAUGGUCUGAUGUUGAGAGCGAUAUUUAUGUGGAUGAUCUAGAGAAAGAUAUAAAAAGAGAGAGCUUGGAAACUAAACUGCAUUUUGAAGAAAAUCAAAGCAAGGUACAGGUUUCAGAUGACAGUAUUAUACAAACUGAUCAUACUUGUCAAUCAAAUACUAUAGUUUCACAUCAGACGCAUGAAAUACUUCAACAGGAUGAAGUUAUAAUUUUAAAUCAAAUGUUGCAAGAUGUGACAAAUGUAGAAACAUCUAAGAUGGAUUCUUUUGAUGAGCAAAGCUUUAUUGGAACUGUUCAAACAGAACAUUCUGAGGAAGGAGUUUCAGAUUACUUAAGAUCUGAGCAAAUAUUUAUUAGCACUUCUGCUCAAGAUUUAUCACAUUCAGCAGUGCUUGUUGACACUUCAUUGGGUGGGAAACUCUUGGAACAUUUUGCUGAUAUAAAAUCCUUAAAUGAACAAUUAUCAGUUGCUGAACCAUUCAUACCACCUAAUACUGAGAUUAUUGUGCCCCAAAAGCAAGAAGCAGUUGAUGUAUCUUCUUUAGAAAAAACUGAUAAUUCUGAUUAUUGGUUAGAAGCUGAUACAGAUUAUUCCAUUUCUGAAUUUGGAGAGGAUUCAGUAUCUGAUAAACAAAAUUACAAUCAAGUUUUUGCUGAAACAGCAUUAGAUGACAAAUGUGAAAUCAUCACUCCUGGCAUAGAGGCUUCUUCUGUAACUGCAUUUAUCUCUGUGACAGAUACAUCUAUUUCAUCUUUUUAUACUGAUCCAGAAAAUUCUGACCAAGUUAGUGAUACUUGUGCUGAUAUAUCACUACAGGGAGCUACCACAGAAAAUUCUGAUCGAGUGUCAGAUAUAGAAAUUGAUGAUAUAUUACACAAUCAAAUUCAACCAACUGGAAGGGAGCAUGAAGAUAUGGACCAAAUCCAAUUAACAGCAACUUUAUAUCACAUAGCUGAAGAAUCCAAAAUACCUUCUGAAGUUCAUGACAAAUCAGCCAAAUCAUCUGAGCCUAAAUUAAAAUUUACAGAGAGUAUUUCACUCCCAACUCAUGUAUGUGACACAUCCGAUUUGACUUCUGCAAACUUAGCAAUAUCUAGCAGUGAAAAUGAUGGUAAAUUUAGUGAUAUCCGACAAAUAUCAGAUUUAACUACAAAUACUUCAAGUUUAAGAAUCUCUGAUGAUGAAUUAACGAAUGUUACACCAUUAGAUGUUGAAGAAUCAGAUAAGUUUUCUGAUAAAUCUGAUAAUACAUCUCUGGGUGAAAUUGAGAGUGAAAUAUUUUCUUUAAAAUGCCAUGCUAUUCAUGAAAUAGGUGAAUCACAUUCAAUUAGGGAUACUCUGUCUCAUGAUAUUCCAUCUUUAUCAGACAAGGAUAAUGAUACAUCAGAUGGUGAUGGUGUCGAAAAACUUGAUCUUAUGCCUGAAAUUCCUUCUGAUUGUAGAGAUAUUCCUAGUGAUAUUAAAUCCAUUAAUGAUGAGCAUACAUCAUCUGAGUCUAUACAAGGAGUAAGAACAGAAACGUCUCAUGAUGAAUUUACUGACAUUUCUUCAGUUUCUUUAAAAGAAGAGACAUCAAAUGAAGAAUAUGCUGAUGUACACUCUUUCAUCAUUACAGAAAAAACAUCUGAUUUGAUAGAUAACUUAGCUGAAGACAAGCCAGAAUGCCUAUCUGAUGAUCAUCAUGAAGCAUCAGUAUCUCAUGAUACUUUCUCUGAUGUUCUUACGCAUUUAAGUACAAGUGAAAUACCUCAAUCUGUGUGCUUCUUGGAAAGAGAAGAAGAAAGUAAAGAGUUAGAUGAAAGUGAAAUAUCUGAACUCUAUGAUGAAUUUGCUGAAAUUCCUUCACAGACUGGUGUACGUAUGGUAUUUGAUAGGACUGUAUGUGAUGUACAAAGUAAUUACAGAAAAAGUGAGAUUGAAUUUAGAAAAGAAAUGGAAACUCAUGAAUGUGUAGUGACUUACCAAUCAGAAACUGAUGAAUUAUCCCCUAAUGAUUUAUCAAACAAAACUCAUUCUGAAACGGGAUAUUUAGCAAAUGAAGGGGAAUAUUUUCCUGAUGAACAGGAGUUUGACGAAAAUAUAGAAAGCAAUGAAAUAUAUCAAGAUGAGCUGUAUGUACUUGAAAAUGAGCGUUUUGAAAUUAGUGAAGAUGAGUUUAUUUAUCCUUUACAGUAUGAUGACUGGGUUGAACGAAGUUUUGAUUUAAAAGAAUAUGGUAUUGAAGCUGCUCUUUCAGAAUGUGAAUCUGAUGUUCAUGGAUUUGGUGUACAUGGUGAAUAUGAUGAUGAAGAUAUACAAAGAGCAAUUGAUCUCAACAUUACUAACUUUGAAGAAGAGGGCCCCACUGAAGAAGUGCCUUUUAGUACUGAUAGUUUUAAAACUCUAUCCACUGAUGUAUCACCUCAUUUAAAAAUUACUGACAAAGAACAGGAUAGUUGGUCUACAGCUGAUGCUCCAUCUAUUGAGGAAGAAGAUUUAUCUGAGCAUGAUGAUUUGUUAUUAAAAAUAGAUAAACUUCUAUCUGAAGAUUUUACAUUUGAUGAAUACCACAAAAGAUAUGAUGAGUUUUUGGAAGAAAAAAUUGAAGUGGAUGUUCAGGAGAAGCAGGAAUCCUUUUCUGGAUCUGAAAUAUUUGAGAAAAAUGGAAAAUUUUCCCCACAAUCUCUAACUACUAAUGUUAAUAAAAUUAAUUUGAAGGAUUCUUUAUUGCAACACACUUCAUCUUUAAAAGAUUCAGAUGAAGCUGAUAUAGAAAAAAGAUUAAGAACUGAGUUGGAUUCUGAAUUACAAGGAUCCAUCUGUGAAAGGGAAAUAUCUGACAGUUUCACUAAAGUACAGAUAACCAAAUAUGAUGUAGACCAGACUAAAAUUAUGACUGAAAAUACAACUGCUUCCGAGACAGAUAUUUCAAAUGCUGAUCAGAUUAAAAGUAUUUUACCAAAUGAUGUUUCGAAUACAUCUCAGAAAUUGGUUCAAAACGAUGUAGAACAGCAAGCUUCUGGUCCAGUAUCAGAAACUUCUGGAGAAACAAAACUGGCUUCAGAGCAAGAGUCUAUACAAGUUGUUAAAACAAAUAUUAGCACUCCAGUAGAUGAAAAUAUUAGUGAUGCAGAAAAGAAAGAUAUAUUAUCUUUUGAAACUACAACUGCACAUUUGUCUUCAGAUCAACCAGCUGCUCUUCAUAAGGGUGUAGCAGAAACUAAACAUGACAUUCCAUUUGAAAAAUCUGAUUCUUUUGCAGAUAAAGCUCAAAAAUCUCUUAACCAAAAAGCUGAAGAUUAUUUUAAUUCAUCUUCAAAGAAAAAUUCUUUGAAACAGGAAGAGGAAAUGAAACAUGGCAUUCCAUCUAGAACUGAAGUUUCCACUGAAUGGGCCGAAGAUUCUGAUAAAGCAUUAAAAGUGUCUGAGAUAAAUUUGCCAGAGGCCAAAACUAUGGUAUUAAAGGAAGUACAUGAAAAAGAAAUGAAUUCAUCAGAUUAUAAACCUCACAUUCCAAGUAAAACUAAACGUAAACUCAAAUCACUAGAGACUACAACAGAAGCGUUUAAGGAUGGGGAACAAAGCGAUAAAAGGCCAGCUCUUCCUCCCAAAAAGUCAAAACGUAGUUCAUCUCUGCAUUCAUCAUCCAGUGCAGAAAGUUUAUCCUCAUCAUCUGAGUCUCUGUCUUCAUUUGAAUCUGCUGCAUCCAAGAUAUCUGAUAAAAUGGAUAUAUCUGAAGACAUAAAGAUUAUCACUGAAGUACCUCCAGAUAUUCCAGCUAAAAAAUCAAAAUCAUUUUCUUCUAGGAGAAAAAGUGAAGAAAGUGAUGACAGUUCCUUAUCAUUAUCAUCAUCAUCAUCCUUUAGCUACAGGGGGAGGAAAAAGGCUGAACAAACUGAAUGGGGUGAUCUCAGCAAGAAAAGGCCAUCUAUAGAUGAACGUAUGAUUAAACUGCAGAGUGAAGGAAAGUGUGCAAAUAAAGAGAAGGCUUUUAUUGCAGCUAAACUGAUUGAAAUGCAGUUUGAAGAAGAAGAUGCUUUGAUGGCAUCUCGCCAGUGCAACAGUGUAUAUCAUGCAGUCAAAUUCCUAACACAAUUAUGUGAACUUUGCAGUUGCAGAUUUCCAAUUAAUCUGAUGGCUUCAAUGUUCCAUUGUACACAUCGAGCAUGCAAGGAGUGCUUGAAAGCUCACUUUACCUCUUUAAUCUAUGAUCGUAGUAUAUUCACACUUCUGUGCCCUGUUUGUUUUAAGCCAGAUAUUACAGAUCAAAACAUACAAGAAUACUUCAAUCACCUGGAAAUGAUGUUGAGAAAUAUACUGGACAGCAAAGUUUAUGACUUGUUUCAAAGAAAACUUCGAGAUGAAGUUUUAACAAAAGAUCCAAAUUUUCACUGGUGUUCUCAAUGUUCAUCUGGAUUCAUUGCAAGCCCACGGCUGAAGAAAUUAUACUGCCCUGAUUGUUCAGCAGUUACAUGUGCUUCCUGUCAUCAGACUUGGGAAUUAGAACAUGAGGGUGUUCAUUGUGAGCGUUUCCAGCAAUGGAAAGACAUGCAUACACCUGAACCACCUCCUGCUGGUUUAGUAAAACUUCUUACAGAUAGGGGAAUCACCUGCCCAUCCUGUGGAAUUGUGUAUGCCCAAGCUUGUGGUGGAUGUUUGAUGUAUAAAUGUUCACACUGUAGCUUUGAAUUCUGUGCAUUUUGCCAACGACCCAUUAAAAGAGGAAAGGAGUGUGAUAAUAAAAUAUGUGAAUUACGAGGAAUUCAUGCUCAUCAUCCUAGCAAUUGUCUUUUCUAUGUGAGAGAUGCAGAUAUUUCUGAUAUUCAGAUUUUAUUACAAGAGGAAUCAGUAGAAUAUUUGACCAUUCCCCCCAAAGAUCAAAUAGUGAAAAGUCGCUGCCAAGUGCGUGAACAAAAACAUAUCCAUGGAGUCAUAUCAGAAGACAGAUGUGGUAGAGAUAUUGAACCAUAUUGUGCUGGUCUUUGCAGAACACAUUAUCUUGAGUACUUGGCAGAACUUCUAAGAAAGCAUAAGAUUAGUCCAUUACCAAUAAUGACGGUUCAAGAUCUUCAGCUUAUGCUUCGAAAAUCUCGAAUACCUGUGCCAGAAAAAGUGAAAGGAGAAAGCACUAAUGAGUAUUAUGAUCGACUUACAAAAGUGAUCACAAGUACUUUUACAUGACAUGAAGGAAGUAAUAUUCUGUUUAUGGAUGUGUAUAUAAUGCAAGAGCAUGCAUCAGCUUUCGCACUGUAGAUGAUGUUGAUGUGAUAGGUUACAGCUAAGCUUUGGCACUGUUCGAAAAUAUCACUGAAAUGUAUUAAAUGUCUGCUCAUUCUAUUUUAAAAAUAUUUAUGUAUAUUUAAAAAAAUUAUGUAAAAUCCAACUGUAUUUAAUUUGGUGAGUUGCUAUUUUAAGUGAAGCUUUUACUUCACUUAAAAUUUGAUUGUACUGAAUAUAAUUAUAUUUUAUAUACAAAGUAAUAAGAUAGUUUAUUUACAGUUUGAAUCAUGUUUCAAAUAAAUAUGUUUUAAAAUUUAUACUAUUUCACUAAAGAGAUUUAAUAACAUUAAAUCAUAAACAUUAAAGAUUAAAGAGUUAGAUUAAAGAGAUUUAAUGUUUUAUGAUUGGUCAUGACAUAAAAUUUUAUAUAUUUGUGUAUGUUUGUAUGCCUUUUUACAAUAAAGUUAUUUCUAUGAGGUAUACUAAUUUAAAAGAAUACAUAGUGCUGGAAAAUAUUUUUGUAUAAAAUAGAUCUGUUAUAUAAGCUUAUAUAUUUUUAUUUACUUGUAAGUAGUUUAAUAAUAUAUUUAUAUGUAUAUUAAUGGUUAGUCUAGUCUCAGAGGAUAGUAAAUAUUCAGAAAAGCUCACUCGUAAGUUCCUCCAGAUUUUAUGGGUCUGUUUAAUUUGCUAUGUUUUAUGUAAAAAAAAGAAAGUAAAAUAAAGUUUUGUUGCUACUUAUUAA